AUGACAGAGAAGGAAGAUGUUACUAAUCAACCCGAAAAAGAACCAUUAGAUGACGAAGCCCUAGAAAAACUCGCUGUAGAGGAAUUAAUGCGGGAAGCCGUUCAAGGAGCUGCAAGGGCUGAAAUAGUUGGGCCUUCUGGUUGGAUAAAAGCUCCACAAAACAAAACCAACAAGCGUUUCUUAGUAAAUACUUUACGAAAUGCAGUAACCUCUAACAAAUACCACUCAAGGCAACGCCGACACUCGCACAAAUCACCCAAUCGUGAAAAACAUCCAGAGCCUUCAAUUAAAAAAGAUAGAUCCAAAAGAAAACAUUAA